AUGACGUCAAAAAGUAACACAUUUCUGGUUAAGGUGAUUACUUGGAUAAGUUAUCUAAAGAUGGCGUUUACAUUUUGGCGGGAUGAGUCACACGCAGGAUGUGUUUAGUGGCUUUAGAAAUACUAGUAGACGAGAGGGAUGAAUCACCAGACAUAUUUAGGUGAACUUUGUACACAUAUACACAACCAUUAUAAUUGCUUCCAACUGUGCUAUCAACGUUUGAUAUAAAUGCGGAGAGCUCCGACGAUUCAGAUAGUUCCGAUCGGGAAUCGGUAGAUGAAACCGACUCCACAGACAUGUAUAAUACACCUCCCGCUCGUGAUACAUACGGGGCACAAAUAGGACAUUUCCAACAACAUGGACAAACUGGCUCAUCUGGUGAUAUUCCGACUGGUUUUAACCAGGGAUUGGAACCCCCUAACUAUAUACAGUCGCAAUGUAUGUACCCGAACAAUAACACUACUAUGAAUCCAUUAGACAUGGAAAACCAAAUGAUCCAACUUCAGAAUAUCUCUGAUGGUGAACUAGAAGAUUUGAACGCCCAUCUGUCUGGGGCUAGUGGGAUGGGGAUACCCAUAUACCCCACUGAUGUUGAAAAUGGAAAUAUACUUAAUAAUAAUAACAAUACACAGAACAUGUUUCCGAGUAUGGGACAUCAUACAAAUCUCCCGACCCAAGCUGCACAACUUGCAGUUGGUCGUGUUACUGCUGUUAAAAACGAACUUAGGCAAAAGGUUUCCCAGCGAAAACGCAAAUCAGGUGACGAUAACUUCAACCCAAUAAUUGAGGUUAAGACGGAAAAAGAUGCGGAUGAUCCAUCCAUCAUAGAAGACAGGUUAAACACAGAAGAGCGUCUGCGUCCAAAGUUUAAAGAUCCCUCGAAGUUGAACCCUGACGACAGAGAUCUCCUCCUUCAUAGACGAGAGAGAAACAAGAAGGCUGCCUUGAAAUGCAGGGAAAAGAAGAGGAAACAAGUAGAUUAUUUGCAAAAGGAACAACAAAAGCUAGAAUCCGAGAACACAACACUCCAAUUCGAGAUUAAGAAUCAAAAGGUCGAGUUGGAGAGGCUAAAACAACAAUGGGCAGAACAUCAACUCAUCUGUCCACUCUUUCCAGAGAUGAAGCAGAAGACACAGAAAAUAUAACAUUUCUGGACGUCUCUUAGUAAUGGGUCAAACCCUAAAUCUGUAUAUAUUUUAUAUUAUAAGUCAGUUACAGAAUGUCAGAAAAAACACUAACCAGGUAUUUUAUAUACUUCGCCAUCAAAGAUGGUUUUGCGUUGCCACGAAAUGUACAUAUACAUUUAGAUUCAUUCAUAUUAUAGACACAUACUAUAUAGUAUUUAAUUUUGACUCUGCUCGCAACUGUUCAUUUUUAUUCAUUAAGACAUCAUUAUAUUAGUUUGUUAGCUGUGGCUAAUGACGGUAUUCCAGAGGACGCAUUCAUUACAUUGCAGUUGGCAAUUUUGAACUUUUAUCUUGUGCCAUCACCAAUUUCGUUCUCCAAUGUACAGCGUCUGAGCACUCUUCUUAAAUGUUGACAUCAUUCAUGGUCAAUUGAAAUUUAGGAUUAACAUGAGAACGAUGUAUCUCUGGGUGCUGGUCACCCUAACACCUCUGGCCCAGCCCAGAAUUAAAACACUGUAUAUUAGAUGUAAAAUAAAGAAAUUAAGUUGUACCUAAGUUUGUUGCUCCUCUAUUGUGUAAAUAACAUGGAAAAUCACCUUUCUGUACACUUUUCUAAUGGUUGUUAUGUUAGUCGUAAUUUCUGACAUUUCCGUUUGUGUUUUCUAUUUUUUUAUUUAACAAACAUGAUCACUGCAGCGAUUAGUAGCACU